UGUUUGAUCCUGACUUCUCCGAUCCUCCCCUUCUUCCAAUGCCCUCCUCUUAUCUCCUAAUAAGGCAUAUCAUGUGGAGUCACUCAGCACGUGCUCAGUCUGAGGUUUUUUUUUUUGGGGGUGUUCAUGUGAUCAGCACAGGGCCAAUCAGCACUGUCCAGACAGAGGGUCAGGGUUUCUGCAUCUCUUAGAGCUGAAAGAAAACUCCUCCUUCAAGCUUUAACCAGUGCUUUGCUGGACACUGAUAGAAGUCACAAGACUGCUCUAACUGCUGAUGAGAAAAGGUAUUUUGCAGUUUAUAUUUACUAA